AUGGAAUCAUCACUAUGGAGUUUAUACUGUCAUGAUAGCCGGGGGUUACAUGAAAUAAAAGAAGCUGGGUUUAAGCCUUCAGGAAAGCUCUGGAGCGACAUAUCAAAUUUAUUGCAAGUCCUAAACGCUAAAAUACACCCUUGUUUUAAAGACCAAAUUCCCACAGAAAGCGAAAAUUUUUCAGCGAUGUCUUAUAGGUUUGACAAUUUUUCUUUUAAAGUUCUGAUGUUUGUAUUGACAACUGCCAAUGUAAAACAAAUAAGGUUCAAUAACUGUGAUUUAAAUGAAGACCUGAUUGCUAUGAUUAUAGAAAUAAUUAGUCUGGAUCAUAUAAACUGGCUACAAAUAGACUGAAAUCCAGGGCUUCAGGACUAUAAAUAUUCAGAACUAUUAAGAGGAGAUAGCAAGCUGCAGGUUUUGUCCUUAAAAGCUUGCAAUUUAGGGGAUAACGCUUUAAGCUAUAUUUGUGAAGCCUUAAAAGAAAAUAAAAAACUGAAAACUUUGGAUUUAUAUGGGAAUAGAAUAUAUUCACUGACACCGAUAGCGGAAAUGUUAGAGGUAAAUAGAAGCCUUAUGCAUUUAAAUUUGGCAAAAAAUGAAUUGACUGAUGAACAGCUGAUGCCACUUGUGGGGGCGUUUGGGAAAAUCCCAUUUCCAAGUGAAAGGGUAGAGGAGUUUAGAAGGAGGGAAAAAGAGAUAAUAAAAGAAAAAGCAAUGAAAAAUAAAGGACAUGGGGAAAUUGAGCCACCUGCUGAUGAACUGAUCGAAGAGGAGGAGUCAGGACAGUGCUUUUUGAUGAAAAAUAAAGUGUUUAGCAGGCUGAAUUUGUCUUUGAAUAAGAUUGAAAGUGAUAGACAGCUGAGAUUGAUUCUUAUUCAGGCACUGCCUCAUUUCAAAAUACUGAUGAAAAAUAACCCAAUCCCUGAGCUUGUAAAAAGACCCUUGGUCAUUGGAUUUUCACAAAAUUUGGUAAUUUAG